AUGGACAAGGCUCGUUGGCAAGCUGCCCCAAGGGGCGUGUCGAAACGACACUCAUUGAUGGCGCUUAGGAUCCUCACGCCCAUGGGACGCGAGCCGCAGAAGCUGUUCAUCAGCCGCGAGGUGCAUGGAUCUACUGUACCGUUUUUUUUUUCGCCAGGUCCAGAGCCGGCCAUUGAAGGCCAAUACACCCUCAUCCUGGGGUAUGGUGAACCAAGUAUACGCGGCCAACGAUACAGUGACCUGACCUAUAUAAACGCCAAGAUGGAGUACGAGAGGCACUACCAAGGAGGUGAAUGGGGCACAAUGCAAUCCAUCUCGAUCAAGCGAUCAGUCUAA